AUGGUCGCCGAGCUCCAGGCAGUCUUUCCUCAAGACGGUGGUCGAAGGUUGCUGGUGCCGCCUGGCCCCUCUCGACCUUCGUCGCGCGCGUCCACCACAUCCAGAGGCACAGGCACCCCAAGGGGCAAGACUCUGAAAGCGGUCCUCGCACUUCCGAGCUGCGCAGCCUCGAAGACCCCCGCGAAGGAGACCUUGGCCGUGGUGCCGCGAGAGGCGCCGCCGACGCCGCGCCUCGGCAGCGAGGCUUCUGACGAGUUGGCUGCAAGCAUCUCGGUGCUGGAUGUCGCCGGAACUGAGGAUGUCUCGAGGGAGGCGCUGGUCAGUGUCAUGCAGCCUCCGUCUUCGAUUGCGGACCAGGGCCGACAAGCUGUCUCCGACCUCUUCGCCUGGAUGCGACCACUCAGGAGUGGGAACUACGCUGCCAAAGGCUUGACCCGACUUGCCUUCGAGAUUGAGGAGAGAUCACAGGAGUGGAGCGCCUACCUGGGAGGUCGUUGCACCAGGAAGGAGUCCCUGGAUGCUGCUGCCGGGGAAGCAGUACCACCAAAGGACUUCUCAACAACUGCGGAAGCGGCAUCCCUGAUGCUUCGGGUAGUUCGGGCCCUACCCCGGGGCUUCGCGCUGCGGACGAUGCUUGAGCCGCUGCUGCAGGAGCUGAUGGAAGCCAUCUUCUGUGAGUGGCCCAGGACCUUGCCGUCCCUGCAGGAUCUCAGGGAGGAUGAGCUCUGGCCCGAACGGCUCGGCCAGCUCAGCACCUACGCGCAGCUCGUCUCUGGCUACCGCGCGGGCCUGGAGGAGUCGAAGGCGGCCCAGAAAAUCCUGGAGGAGCGCGAGCAGGAAGCGUCAGCCUUGGCGAAGUCCAAGUCGAAAGCUUUCGAGGACCUGCGUGUCCGCAUUCGCCGGCUGGAGGACGAGAGGGACAAGGCCAAGGCCGAGAUGCAGCUCGCGAAGCGGGGUUGUCAGGAAGCCGAGGAGAUGUACGAAACCUUCAAGCAGCAGACGAAGCUGGCCCUCAUCGACUACUCGGACAUGCAGUACCGCGAGGCCACGAUCAAGGCGGACUUGAGCUCCCUCAACGUCCUGUGCAGAGAGAAGGAUAUCGCCAUCCAAGACCUCCGGAAUCAAGUGACCUUGUUGACCCAAGAGACGCAGAAUUUGGAGGAGAAGCUGCUCAAGGCAAGGGAGGAGCUCGAACGUCAAGCUGCGGCGGUGGAGCAGCUGCCGGUUCUGACUGACAAACUCCAGUACUACGAGCACCAGGAGGGGCUCCUUGGUGUGGCCUUCGCGGAACGUGUGUCGGUAGAGGUCCUUGGAAGGAGCCUGGAAGAGAUCGUCGGCCGACUGCCCAGCAGCCUUACGAAGGAGCGCAAGACUUCGAUCAAGCUGGAAGCCGUGAUGGAGGCGCUCCGUGGGGCCCACCGCGAUGCGGAGAAGCUCAAAGAGCAGGUGGUGAAGCUCCGAUACCUUCUGGAGGAUGUGAAGCAGCUCGUGCCCAUCUGGAACGAGAGUGCGAUGCAGGAUGUGGCAGAUGCGUACGAUGAGGAUGCGGCCAUCCACCGGCAGGUCUACUCCAUGAGCGACAAGCGCAGCUUUGCAGGGCUUGGAGCGGACGACGGCGUGCCUCCCUACCUGAGGGCGGAGGGCUUGGUGCGGCAUCGAUACAUCUCGAAGAAGGAGUGCGAGGAUCUGAUCGAGAGCUUCCUCGCCGAGGCCCCGCCGGAUCUGAGCACGCAGACCAUGCACACGGAGCUCUACCAACACAUGCAACGGCAGUUCACGGAUCCGGAGGAGUUGACCGAGUUCGCUUAUGCCUUCAUCUGCAGCCUCGAGGCCUACAGGGAUGACCCGGACUUCGAAAUGUUCGACUUGAUGCUGGCCGGCGCCGUGCAUCCGUCCAUCAUGCAGGACCAGGAGACCAUGCUCAAGGAGCUGCAGAACCUGGUCCACAACUGCGCCGACGGCAACUUCGAGGGAGCGAGCCACGGGCGGCAGAGGAGCACGCUGACUGGGACCAAGGCCUCUGGGCGAGACCAGGUGUCGCGGCGCAUGAUGCGCGCAGUGAUGCAAGCCAUGUUCCCCGAGAAAAGCGUCGAGCGCAUGAACGCCUUGAUGCGUGCGCUGCAUGUCACCCUGCAGAUGCUCUUCGAUGCCGGCCGAUCUGCAAGCCCUGACACCGCGUACGUCAGCGACCUUUUCUCGGCGACGGCGGAUGGUACACAGAGUCCCCUCAUCGAGGAGAUGCGCCGGCAGCACCUGCAUGAGGUGCUGGAGUUCACGGCAGAGAUUUCGCAGAACUUGAUCAGGGCUGCGGGUGGCGAGACACGAGUGAACCUCUCCGGUCGCCUGGAUACCUUCAUGCUCAUCACCAGAGAGGCGACAUCGCAGACUCUCCAGGAAAUGGGCCUUCCUGACACUCGUACAUUGUCCAUGUUGGAGACCGUCUGGAAGCCCAAUGAAGACGGCCACGAGCUCCAAGUGGCCGAGAUCCUGGAACGGCUCCGACAGCACACGCUGCUGAAGCGCGAGAACACCUGGGUCCUCACCGGGACGAAGGCUGUCGUGGAGAAGGCCAUGGCUGUGGGUCCGCAAGCAGGAUUGCGGUCGGAGGAGGACACUGCGGUUCAGCCUCGUCGCAUCCGAACCUUCAAGGUUUUAGACAAUCCCUUCGCCAAGACCAACGGGUAUAACACGCCCCAAGGACUGCUGAAGGAGAUCGUCCGAUCCACCAGGAAGUCCGACGACGAGGAUGGAGAUGAGGUUCGACGAGAGGACUGA